AUGGUAGUGGAAAAAUUGGAUGCCAUUAUAUUUGGAGCGAGUGGCUUUACUGGGAAAAUUGUUGUCGAAGAUGCUGUGGACAUACUUAGAGAUUUCAAAUGGGGCAUUGCGGGAAGAAAUGAGGAAAAAUUAAAAACCGUAUUGGAAACAAUUGGAAAUAAAACGGGAAAGGAUUUGAGCCACAUACCCAUCAUUGUAGCUGAUGUGGAGGAUCAAGCAUCGUUGGAUGUUAUGGCUAAGAAGUGUAAGAUUGUUUUAAAUUGCUGUGGACCCUUCCGCCUGUAUGGCGAGGCUGUGGUGCGAGCCUGCAUCGAAGCCGGUACUCACCAUGUGGAUAUAACUGGAGAACCACAAUAUGCGGACAUCAUACAAUUGAAAUACAACGAAUUGGCUCAGCAAAAGGGAUCCUUUGUCAUACCCACCUGUGGAUUUGAAAGUAUACCCGCCGAAAUGGGUGUACUGUAUGCGGAAUUAAAUCACCCAGGCAUUCUCAAUUCUGUGGAGCUAUACUGGGAAACAAAACUGAAUUAUGUCGAUAAAUCGUCGAAGGCGAUAUUGCAUAGUGGUACCUGGGAUAGUAUUGUCUAUUACAUGCAGCACUCAAGAGAAAUUGCCACGCUGCAGCGGCAAUUGAAUUGUGAGAGAAUACGGGAAACGAAUCCAAAAUUGAAAUUGAAUCGCAAGAUCCACCAAAUUGAUGGUACGAACAGCUUCUUUGUGGCCAUGACAACGGCGGCCUGUUUUAUGGUCCAGAGAUCCCAACGUCUCUUAAACCUCUGUGAAAGUAAGCGGCCCAUACAGUUUGGAACCUAUAUUGGAUUUACCACCUAUUGGUGGGCCCUACUCUUUCCCAUACUCAUGAUGAUCGGUUAUGUGAUGGCCAGCUUUGAUUUUACACGAGAAUUGUUGCUUAAAUACCCGCACAUAUUCUCCUUUGGUUUUAUGACCCAUGAAGGUCCUGUGGAGGCAAAUCGUAAAGCCAUCGAAUUUAAUUAUAUUCUCAAGGCAAGAGGGUGGUAUCAAAGUACACCGCAUGCACCCGACCCAACCCAUGAAAUUAUUGUACGAAUAUCGGCCAAGGAUCACUACUAUGGGGUAACCAGUAAGGCGUUGCUGUUGUGUGCCAGGACAAUAUUAACUGAGAGGAAUAAGAUGCCGGGAAAUGGCGGCGUAAUACCACCAGGCUAUGCCUUUUACAAAACCAGUCUUCUACAGGAGAUAUGCAGCGGGAAAUAUGGCUUGAAAUUUGAAUUAUUGUAA